CACGAAGGCGGAAGAACAACAUGCAAGAGUGAGCCAUGAACCAAAACAGUAUGGUGUCUGGGCAUGCCCAGAUGCCAACGAAUGAGAUCCUGAGUGAUUUGAGUGAACCCAGUUCUCCCGACAGCACUAUCUAUGAUUCCGAAAUCCUUGGGUCAGCAGUCAAUGACGAUGUAACAAAUCAGCUGGCAGCUACAGGUCCUAUUGGAGUAGCAGCAGCGGCAGCAGUGUUGUCAACAAGGAAACGCAAGCUGCACCCACACCACUUUGAAACAAACCCAGCACGAAGAAAACGACAGCAGACAAGAUUGCUGAGAAAGUUACGUCACACAAUUGAGGAGUAUUCUACCAGGGUAGGCCAGCAGGCUGUGGUCCUGUGCUGUACACCGAAUGUUAACCACUCUAUGAUGAUGUACAAGGUGUUUGGAUCACAGCCUCUCGAAAAUGUGAUACGAAACAACAAGCCCCAGAUCCUGUCAGACCUGGAAUCAGCCCUUCUGGAGCACACUCCGCCCUCCCAGGCUGAAAACUCUGCACUCCAUGAACUUCCAAGCCUUGUUAUAGAUGGCAUUCCCACACCAGUCGACAAAAUGACACAGGCUCAGCUGCGCAAUUUUAUUCCUGAGAUGCUAAAGUACUCAACUGGUCGCAGCAAACCUGGAUGGGGUCGUAUAGAAUGUCGACCAAUCUGGUGGCCGAGUGAUCUGCCGUGGGCAAAUGUGCGCAGCGAUGUCCGUACUGAUGAAGAGAAGAAAAGGGUGCCCUGGACAGAGGCAUUACGGCAAAUUGUAAAGAAUUGUUACAUGCACCAUGGUCGACAUGAUCUACUACAAGUAUUUAAAGAGGAGCCCCAGUCUGGCGUGACAGUCCAACACCAGCAGCAGUAUGCGGGCACCAUGAUGCAGACUAUCAACAACCCAGAUGGCUCUGUGUCCAUCAUCCAGAUAGACACCCCUAGUCAGAUGGUCACCCUACCAGACGGCACCCAGGCUACUUUGGUCCAUGCAAUCCACGAUAACAAUGGCGUUCCACAGCUAACAAGCGAACAAGAGAUUCAAAUAUCCCAGAGUUUUACGGACACGUCCAACAUGGUGGCUGUUUCAGCGGCAACCCAAGAAGUGGCGUCUCAGCAAGCAGCACUCGGGGCACUACAGGCAUCGUUAAAUAGCAGUGGCCAUAUUAUACUUACUGGGGCUGAUGCAUCACAAUUGAGUGGCAUAAUGACAGUCCUCCCAGUGUCCAUGUACCAGACAGUACAAGCAGUCCAGCCCAUAUCUACCAACAUACCAAUGAACAGUAUACCAGUGAAUAAUAUACCGGUCAACAAUUUACCAGUCAAUUUCCAGUUGGCUCAAUCUUCAAGCCAACCCAUUGAAGUCUCAAUGGCAUCUGUGUCGAGUGAUGUUACUAUGGCAAUUAAUCAGCACCUCCAGGGUGGAGGUGAGGGUCAAGUGUUGGGGGUGGCUGAGGGGGAUGGGGGAGUAUCUGUUGAGGAGGUUGGAAUGGGGAUUGGGGUCAAGGAUGAGACAGGGGCACAAGGGGAGGGUGAAGAGGGUUCACCACAGGAGAAUGGGGAUUCUAGCGAGAUGCAUAUGUUAGAAUGA